AAGCGGAAGUAGAUGGGGGUUCACCCUCUCGCUCUGCCGUGCUCGCGCCUCUUCGGCAGCUAUGCUAACGCGGCUAGGUCUCCGAUCAAUGAAGGAGGUGGUGCGUUUACGUGCUUAAUAAUUAACACACAGGGGAACAGGGAAGGGCACUUUAGACUGUCAUUCAUCACGGAGAGCGCUGCUAUUUUAACACCCCAGGAAACAUGACAGCAGAGACGAACAGAGUGCAGCGGCCAGAAAGCCACAGGACUCUGCAGAGAGAAGAAAUCAGAAUAUAAGCGCGGGAUUUGAGCAUAAACCAUUAAUAAAUUAAAAUGUUACGGUUGUGUCUGCGUCACAUGGCUCUGCGCAGAAGAUACCCACAUCCUGGUUCCUCGUUCCAAACAACCAGAUCCUCCAGUUCACUCAGGGACGGUAAGCGCAGAGGACUGUUGUGGAAGACACUUUUUGGCCUGUCCGUUGGCGUACCUGUGGCAGUGGGAGUCCACUAUGCCGUGUCAGCACCGAGAGAGAGGAGGAAGAUGAAGAUUGUGGUUGAAGGAUUUGGUCGCUUGUUCAGAUCUCUCUCUGUGGGUAUCUUUAUCUCCGUGGAUUACUGGUGGACCACCAACGUGGCUCUCCGUGGUCUGGAUGAGAGCAGCCCAUCCUACUUGGCUGAGAUGUCAGCCUGCCACCAGAGGGCAGCAGAGUUCAUGGUGGAAGGAGCCGUGAGGAACGGCGGAAUAUACAUAAAACUCGGCCAAGGUCUGUGUUCUUUCAACCACCUCCUACCCCCCGAGUAUAUCCGCACCCUGCAAAUACUUGAAGACAAGGCCUUGAACAGGAAGUACAAAGAGGUGGAUGCUCUCUUCCAAGAAGACUUCAACAAAACUCCAGAGCAGCUUUUCAAAACGUUUGACUAUGAACCCAUCGCUGCCGCCAGCUUGGCUCAGGUUCAUAGAGCAGAACUGUUCGAUGGGACUCCCGUAGCCGUGAAGGUGCAGUACAUCGACCUUCGAGAUCGGUUUGACGGCGAUAUCAGAACACUGGAGAUCCUUCUGGAUAUUGUGAAGUUCAUGCACCCAAGCUUUGGUUUCCGAUGGGUCCUUAAGGACUUGAAGGGUACAUUGGCUCAAGAGCUGGACUUUGAAAACGAGGCCAGGAAUUCUGAGCGGUGCGCAGAGGAGCUGAAACACUUCAGUUUCGUUGCUGUACCCAAAGUGUUCUGGGAGCAAACAAGUAAGAGAGUGUUGACAGCAGAGUUUUGCGACGGUUGCAAAAUCAACAACGUGGAAGAAAUCAAGAAACAAGGACUGAGUAUGAAAGAUGCUGCAGAUAAACUGAUCCGAACAUUCGCUGAGCAAAUAUUCUACACCGGUUUCAUCCAUGCUGACCCGCAUCCUGGAAAUGUUCUUGUGAGACGAGGUCCCGAUAACAAGGCAGAGUUGGUGCUCUUGGACCACGGCUUGUACGAAUACCUCAGUCAACGUGACAGAGUGGCUCUUUGUAAACUGUGGAGGUCCAUAGUCCUGAGAGACGAGGCAGCCAUGGAAAAGUACUCCAAUGCACUUGGUGUGAAAGAGUACUUCCUCUUCAGCGAGAUGCUGCUGCAGCGACCCAUCAACAUGCGGGAGCUGGGUCUGUCCAACAUCCUGAGUCGAGAGGAGACCACCUACAUGCGCAAAAUGGCCACCCAGCGCUUCGACAGCAUCAUGAAGGUGCUGAAGUCGAUGCCUCGGCCCAUGCUGCUCGUCUUCCGGAACAUCAACACAGUCCGAAGCAUCAACAUCGCUCUGGGAGCACCGGUGGACCGCUACUUCGUCAUGGCCAAGAGUGCGGUGCGUGGCUGGGGGAAGAUUCAGGCGGAGAGGGCAGGAAUGCUGCCCCAGUUCUGGGUCUUCCGCUGGGUCAGGACAACAUGGGAGAGCCUCAAGUUUGAACUGGCUUUGAGAUGGGAGCUGGCAACGAUGAGCGUGACCCGUUCGAUCGUGAACCUGCUGUCGUACUUCGGUCUCCUAUCUCUGGACGCAGAAAUGUACGAGUACCUGAGAUAGUGCUCGCACUCUGAAGGAACGGACAACGAGGAGCUGUCCGAAGUUCUCAUGUAACCCAACAGCAGGGAGCCUUUCACUAGUGUAGCAGCUCCAAAAGCUGCGAGUCAUGGUGCUGCUCGACUGGGAACGCUCGUUUCCACGCCAAACCAUCCUAAACUCUACUGUGAGACGUGACUUCUUCACGGUGGGUUAGAACGGAUUGAACUGCAGGACUGUACAGCAUCAAACCCACAUCCGAGUAGCCUUUUGUUGUUUUUAAUAACUGUAUUUAGAACUUUUUAAUUUGUUUUAGUCUAAUCUUAGCACAGCAAAUUGUUUUGAAAUGCAAAUUUGAGUUAUUUAAGUUGCAAUUUGUUUUAAAAAAAUUAAGUUUAUUUAACCAGAUGAUGUUUUGUAGUAGCUGCAGCAUCCUGGCUAAGCAAUACAUCAUAGUCUUUGUAUAUUAUGUAUGUGUAUGAUAACUCUACCUGUUGUAAACAAGCUACACACAGCCGUGUUAAGAAAACUCUUUACAGGUUGUCUUGGAAGGAAACUAAGUGAAUGUUGAAUGAAGUCGUGUUCAGAGUUACUUGAAUGAAAGCUAUGUCGUUGGUGUUUUGGUCUCCUCAGUUUAUCUGCUGCACUCCUUGCAGGUCCCUGUGCCACCUCACCAAAUAUUUCAAAAUGACUUUAAUUAUGUUAAUAAAAUCUUCUACCUCCUUUUUAAA